CGGAUCCUUUUUGGGCCAAAUGGCCCUCCGUACUCUGGUGACGUCACCGCCAUUUAAGCGUUUUGUUUUGGCGGGCGGGUUUGAGAUUUCGUCGGUUCGGAUGUUCGAUUCAUUUUCUAAACAAUAACUUUCCUGCUGCAAAAAUGGAUCGUGGAAGGAUGAGCCGGGCAACAAGCGGCAGACUGUCGGAGCUGCCGCUGCGAGUCCAAGACAACAACAGGAUGAGCAUGGUGUACACAACGCCCAAGAUUAAACAGCCUUCAUUUGGAAAGCUCAACAUACCCAAACCGCAGUCUAUAACCUCUGAAAGGAGGACCAGCUUCUUUGGUGCCCGGACUAGUGGAGCUGGCAUGCCUCGAAACAGCACCAUGUCAGGGUUUGGAGGAACUGAGAAGAUCAAAGAUACCAGACCUCUGCACGAUAAAUCCUUUGUUCAGCAAUGUAUCAGGCAGCUGCACGAGUUCUUGACAGAGCAUGGCUACCCUGGCACUUUGUCAGCCAAGACCCUCCAGUCUCCCUCUACCAAGGAGUUUGUGAAGGUGUUUGAGUUCAUCUACCGUCAGCUGGACCCAACCUUUGAGAUGCCAAAUUCAAAAGUUGAGGAAGAGGUUCCAGCUCUACUAAAAGCCCUGAGGUAUCCAUUUGUCCUCUCCAAAUCUUCAAUGUAUUCCGUUGGAGCCCCACACACCUGGCCUCAGGCACUUGGUGCUCUCAUGUGGCUAAUUGAUCAAGUCAAGAUCAACUGGGCUUUGAGUAAGCAGGAUCUGCUGUUCACUGACUUCUGUGAAGACGCUGAUAAUAUCGAGGAGGGAGGGGAGUAUAACAAGCUCCUGUUGGACUACACAGCUGAGGCAUACUCCAAGUUCAUGCAGGGUGAAGACACAUUUGAGGAUUUGGAUGACAUGUUCAUCAAUAAACUAAAGAAAAUGUACAAUGUUGAUGAAGGCGUGCUGGCCUCGAUGGAGGAGAAGUACAGAAUACUCAGUGAUGAGCUUGAAAAACUGGAGAAGGAGAGCCAAACGGACCGCCUAAUGAGCAAGAGGAUGGAAAGAAUGAAGCUGCAGGCGGACCUCAAGAAACUCCAGAGUUACCGAAGCAGCCUGGAGUCCUUUCAGGCCAACCUGGAUUUCAAAGAUUCUGAACUGAGUGAUGAACUGGAGGCCACUGCUAGUCAUCUAGAGUCUCUAAAACAUGAGCAAAACGAACUGCAACGCCUCCUGCAGAACCAGAAGUUUACUCCUGCUGACGUCGAGCGGAUCAACAGAGAGAAGAGAGAACUCCAACAGACCAUCGCCACUCUUAGCAAGUCUCUCGAAGAUGCAGAACAGCACAAGUGGAAUGAAGAGAUUGCUCUGGCCAAAAUGAACGAGAAGGCAGAGCUGAGGGUAACAGAGUACCACAAGCUGGCACGUAAACUGAAGCUGAUACCAGUGUCUGCAGAAAACGCCUGUGGUCAUGACUUUGAGAUCAGACCAUUUGAAUGUGGACCCGGCAGCAUGGGUCAGCAUAAAUCUCAGAUACAGAUGCUCCUGAGAAAGCUGGUCAGUGACGUGGAGGAGGAAAACAGUCGAUUAGCCAACAUGAAACUCAGCUUGGAGGAGUCUAGUGAACAGGUGAAUUCAAACAUCUUUUACAAGUCCAAUGACCUGAAGCAGCUAAGAGAGCAGAUCCGUAAACUGGAUGAACGGUUGGAUCGUGAAAUGCAGGAGCUGCUCCAAGAGGAACAGCACUGGGCAACAGAGUUGGAGUCAAUGGAGAACCAUCGUAAGUUUCUUGAGAAGAAGGUUAAUUUUGGUUACGAAGACGCUGAAAAACAACUGAAGGCAGCGCAACAACAGUACCACCUGGUGCUGCAGGAGACACGGGAGGAGAGACGAACAGUGGCCAACAACCUUGCAUCUGUAUUUACGACAGCUGCUCACCACAUGUCAAUCACAGAGAACAGCCUGGAGGAUCUGCACAGCAGAGUGCAGCGUGCCUGCUCCAAGGCUGUGGAAGAGGACGAAGCUGCUAUACAGAAGCUGCGGGAAACUUUGAAGAGCUUCAUGUCCAAGGCAACUAAUUUGUAAAGUGAGGUGGGAGGACAGAGGCCUUCAGUCUGCAGGGAAGGCAGAUAAUUUUAAACAUUUUUAAAGUGUUGGAGUUUUUCAGUUUUUUCAGCUAAUUAUUCUGUUUUAUAUCACAACAGCUGUGGGUUUUAAUACCAUAGAUACAUUAUUGAUACAAAGUCAUCAAGAUUUUGAUUUUGAGGUUUUGAAGUCUUCACGCAUGUUCUUAUAGUUAUCUGGUGUUUACACACUCCAGCUGUUCACAUGUCUGUCUUCUGUCAUUCUUAAUGUAUUAUUAACAGCUUUCUGUAAUAAAUAUGUAAAAUGAAAAUUA